AUGGAUAGCGUUCUCCGUCAGUCCAAGGCCAUGUGCCCUUUCCUCAAGGCCGCCUCGCCCGCCACUCUUCGGGCCUUGUCUACUUCGGCUCGCCCCAAGCCGUCUCCAUGCGGCGGCACCAUGUCCAAGCUUCAGGUCUUUGCUCACCGCUGCCCCGUCAUGGGAAAGGCCAUGGCCGUCCAGUCCGCCAGAAACGGAGUUGCUGUCGCUGCUGGACUUCGUGCCUUCUCUGGCCAGGCCAAGGUCAACAAGGCUCGUAUCCAUACCAGCCGCACCCAGGAGGCCCGCGCUGUUGACACCCCGAUUCUUGAGAAGCGUGAAAAUGGCUAUCUGGCCCACGGCCACACUGGAUCGGCUGGCAAGUUCAACUAUGAAGGGUUCUACACUUCCGAGCUGGACAAGAAGCACAAGGACAAGUCUUACAGAUACUUCAACAACAUCAAUCGUCUUGCCAAGGAGUUCCCCCGUGCCCACAUGGCCAACAAGGAGGACCGGGUUACGGUUUGGUGCGCCAAUGACUAUCUUGGCAUGGGCCGCAACCAGCGAGUGCUGAGCAAGAUGAAGGAGACUUUGGAUGAGUAUGGUGCUGGGGCUGGCGGUACUCGAAACAUUUCUGGCCACAACAGGCACGCUGUUGAACUGGAGGGCACCCUUUCCAAACUUCACGCCAAAGAGUCUGCCUUGGUCUUUAGCUCCUGCUACGUGGCCAAUGAUGCCACACUUGCGACCCUUGGGAGCAAGAUGCCUGAUUGUGUCAUCUUGUCCGAUAGUCUGAACCACGCGUCCAUUAUUCAGGGCAUCCGUCAUUCAGGCACCAAGAAGAUUGUGUUCAAGCACAAUGACGUUGCAGAUCUCGAGGCUAAGCUUGCAUCCCUGCCUCUUCACGUGCCAAAAAUCAUUGCUUUUGAAUCCGUGUACAGUAUGUGUGGCUCCAUUGGACCAAUUGAGCAAAUUUGCGACUUGGCAGACAAGUACGGCGCCAUCACAUUUUUGGACGAAGUGCAUGCCGUUGGCAUGUAUGGGCCUCAUGGAGCUGGCGUGGCUGAACAUCUGGACUGGGAAGCCCAUCAGAAGGGAUCGCCUCGAGGCACCAUCAUGGAUCGCGUUGAUAUCAUCACGGGCACUCUCGGCAAAGCUUACGGUUGCGUUGGGGGCUACAUUGCCGGCAGCUCUAAGCUGGUUGACAUGAUCCGAUCGCUGGCUCCAGGCUUCAUUUUCACCACCUCGCUUCCACCUGCCACCAUGGCUGGCGCCAAGACAUCCAUCGAGUAUCAGAUGGAGUACGCCGGUGAUCGUAAGCUGCAGCAAUUACAUACGCGUGCUGUCAAGGAAGAGCUCAACAAUCGGGAUAUUCCAGUCAUCCCGAACCCAUCUCACAUUAUUCCCAUUCUGGUGGGUAAUGCUGAGCUGGCCAAGGCAGCCUCCGAUAUGCUGCUCCAGGACUAUCAGAUCUAUGUACAGUCGAUCAACUACCCCACUGUUCCUGUUGGACAGGAACGGCUCCGCAUAACGCCCACGCCCGGUCAUACUAAGGAAUAUCGGGACGAGCUUGUCGAAGCCGUUGACCAGAUCUGGGGCCGCCUUGGAAUCAAGCGCACCUCAGAAUGGGCCGCAGCGGGGGGCUUCAUCGGAGUUGGUGAGCAGGGCAAGGUGGAGGAGCCUCUUUGGACAAACAAGCAGUUGGGUGUUGAGCAGGCAGCAAAGGAGAUGAUGGCUACGGGCCACGGCAACAAUGGAGGGGGGUUCACCGAGGCCCUGCUUGAGCGAGAGAUGAGCAAUACAGCGCGUACCGCUGGCGUCGCAGCUCACUGA